AUGCCCAGCCGCGGAGGGGCGGCGGGCCAGACGGUGGACUUUGUGCUGUGCUUCUGCGGCGUCAGCAAGUCGCCCGGCGGUGGGUACCCGGAGGUCGAGGACAGCCUGGGGUGGCUCGUGCAGUUGCUCGCGCCUGGUGCCGAGAAGUACCGCGAUCGCACGCGCGUGUUCAUCAAGGAGAAGUGUGGCGACGCUGCAGGCGACGGGUUUCAUGCAGCUCUCGCUGCAGCUCUGGAGCCCGUGGCGCACGUCGUCGAGGUCGAGCGAGUGGAAGAUGCGCUCCGUGCCGACGACGCGACUGCCUACCUGGCCCACCUGGCUGGUCCCAGGUACAGCGACUUGGCCACGUGGACGUUCUUCCUGCACGCAGACGCGCCAGAGCACGUGCACCCAUUCCGCUUGCUGGAAGACAUAGUCGUGGCGGUCCGCAGCGGCACGUUGGACUCGGACCAGUUCCCGUUUAUGUACCUGAGCCACAACUAUCUGGACCUCGGCACCUCGCGCCAUACUUGGGACGACUUCGCCUCGCCGCUCCUCUGGCGGCGCUUGUUCGGCUCCUCCGUAGCGCCCCCGCGCGAGGAUGUGAAGGGCUACUGCUGCGUGCAGUUCCUGGUCCCGCGGCCGCGUGCGCUUCUGCGGCGGCAGUCCUGGUACGCGGACGCCUUCCGGUGGUUUGCCUCCUACGAGUCUUACUGGAGCCUGUUCCCGGCCGGCCGCCUCGUGACGUGGCAGGACCUCACCUGCAGGGCUCCGGCGCAGCUGUGGAUGCCCUGGUGGCAUGUCGUCCCGGAGGACCUGGCCUGCCCAGAGCGGCACCUGGACCCGCGGCUGCCGCUGUUCGUGCAGAUCAGCAUCCGUUUCCCAUUGCGCUCGUCGGGCGACCACUCCUUGCGGGGCGGCCUCAUAGCGCCGGCGGUCAUGCGGGUGGCCUGCUCGUUACAGGCCGAGCUGCUAGGCCUCCAGUGCGCCGUGUCGGUGUCGGCUGGCGAGGAGGUGGUGGUGGCGGACGAGCGGAAGGCGGACGCACAGAGACAACGCUCUCAACCCGCGACGGCCGCCGACGGUGCGGCUUGCGCCGGCUCAGGCGGUGCGAGGCGAGCGGUGUCGGCGGCGGCGGCCCCGUGUGGCUGGUGCGGCUCUGCGGGGAGGUGCCGCUGUCGGCAGGCGCUCCUCGCCGCCCAGCCCAGCGAGUGCCGCGGCGCGCCUGGGCGCGGGGCGUCCUGCUCGGACGACGGAGCGGACACGGCGGAGAGGAGCACGGAGCUGGACUCAGUCGCGUCGCAGCCUGCUGGCUCUGCGGGGGAGGAGGACGAGCCCGUGGCCUGGGCCCCGCCGGGCUCGGCCGCGUGCCCGUCCUCGGCCCCGCCCGUCGACGUGAGCGGCCGGUGGGUCCUGAACAGGGUGGAGGGCGACUUCGACGGCCUAAUGGCCGACGCUGGGGUGAGCGCUGGGCCACCCGGAGGCUGGCAAAGAGCUUCAACUACGGAGCUGGGUUGGUCUCGCAGACCAUCGAGCAGGAGGGGGACUCAGUGGUCAUCGUGUUCCAGAACGGCCCGGGGCAGGCUGCGCACACGAUGA